AUGCCUUCUCCAGCAUCGAUAUGUCUGCGCUUCGCAAAGCGCGCGUCGCUCAACCAGAGCAAGCACCAAAUAUUACUCGCACGGACCUUCUCGAACAGUGUUCGUCGCUCAGAGAUAAACAAGGUUGUCGCUUCCGCCGACAUUGCCAUUAAGGACAUGAAGUCAAACUCGACUCUGCUCGCCGGUGGAUUCGGUCUUUCUGGGGUGCCGGACACCCUCAUUAAUGCAGUGAAGGACAACCCUUCAAUCACCGGUCUGACGGCAGUUAGCAACAAUGCCGGUGUUGAUGGAGCUGGCCUAGGCCUCUUGCUUCAGUCCAAGCAAAUCAAGAAGAUGAUCGCCAGUUACGUGGGUGAGAAUAAGACCUUCGAGCGCAUGUACCUUGGCGGUGAGAUCGAACUUGAAUUGACUCCACAGGGUACUCUGGCUGAACGGUGCCGCUCUGGCGGCGCAGGCGUUCCGGCCUUCUACACCCCUGCUGCCUUUGGAACUGUCGUCCAGACUGGAGAGCUGCCGCUGAAGCACAACGCUGACGGUACCGUUGCGCUGUACGGCGAGCCCCGCGACGUCAAGGUCUUCGAUGGAAAGAGCUACGUGAUGGAGGAGUCUAUCAAGGGAGACUACGCCUUUGUCAAGGCGUGGAAGGCAGACAAGCUCGGCAACUGCCAAUUCCGUUUCGCGGCCGCCAACUUCAAUGGCGCCAUGGGCCGGAACGCAAAGAUGACUAUUGUCGAGGCAGAGAACAUCGUCGAGAUCGGCGAGCUCGACCCCGCUGCUAUUCAUCUUCCUGGAAUUUACGUGAAGCGUGUGAUCCAAAGCACCGCACCCAAGAACAUUGAGAAAUACACCUUCGCCAAGGAGGAGGGCGAGGAGUCCGGCGCUGCCCUGGGCAAGGGUGACACUGCCGCUAAGCGCGAGAGAAUUGUUCGCCGUGCGGCUAAGGAGUUCAAAAACGGGAUGUAUGCCAACUUGGGUAUUGGCAUGCCCAUGCUGGCACCUAACUUCGUCGAUCCAUCUGUGGAGGUGCAACUGCAGUCUGAGAACGGUAUUCUUGGCUUGGGUCCCUACCCGAAGAAGGGCCAGGAGGACGCCGAUCUUAUCAACGCGGGCAAGGAGACUGUGACGCUUGCCCCAGGCGCCGCUGUCUUCGGCAGUGACGAGUCCUUUGGUAUGAUCCGCUCCGGCAGGAUUGACCUGACUAUCCUCGGUGCGAUGCAGGUGAGCGCUAAGGGUGACCUAGCUAACUGGAUGCUUCCCGGCAAGAUCAAGGGCUUCGGCGGUGCCAUGGACCUCGUCUCUAACCCUGCCGCAACCAAGGUUGUUGUGACCAUGGAGCACACAGACAAGAAGGGCAACCCCAAGAUCGUCAAGCAGUGCGAGUUCCCCCUCACUGGUAGAACUUGUGUCAGCCGUAUCAUCACCGAGCUCUGCGUGUUCGAUGUUGACUUCACUAACGGCUUAACCCUCAUCGAGCUAGCUGAUGGUGUUACUGUCGAUGAGGUCAAGUCUAAGACCGAAGCGCCCUUCAAGGUUGCUGAUGAUGUGAAGCCUAUGCUGUAA